AUGUUAACUGGUAUAGGGGCAUUGAUGGGUCUUGUCAAGCCUGGGUUGUGGGUGGAUGCCUAUUGGCUACAGUGGUGGUCGCCUCGCACGUCCUCUAAGCUGUCGUCGUACGGUUCGGAUAGGUUCGCUUGGAAGCAACCAGGGGUAGCUGCAUGUGAGACUAUGUGUGUGAGGGUCCCUCAAGUACCAUGUAAGAGGGUUAUCGAUGCUAUUGGCUCGGCCGGCGCCAUACCAGUAGACCAUCUGGCUUCCUACAUUGAGAUGAAAACUAUAGAACGCUCCUCUUGGUCGUAUAUGGCUUUGGAUAAACUAGCUCACCGUGUGGUGUUGGUGAUGAAAUGCUUGGGUGUGUUGGUGAUGAUGUAUGCUACUGUCCCCACUCAGGAGGGCCACUUACCUUGUAUAGGGCCAGUAUCAGUCUACACUUGUGGUAUUGUGUCUAUGGCCUGGGCUUCUGGUAGAGGAGGUGUUUGGUUGGGUGUACUAGGGACAUGGUUCAAGGUCCCGACAAGCCUUACAGGGGAGUGGCCGGUGGACGACUAUGUCUUGGUCUUAGCGAUCACCACAUUACUCUCCCCAUCGGGCCUCCCUGCUGCAUUAACCUUCCCAACUACCCCUGAAUGGGUCGUAAGCUCCCUAGCUCUACCGAGCCUAUUCCCAGAGGUGGGCAUUCAAGCGCUGUGGCUGUACCUGCUGGGCUCAAUCCUAGGCAAUCUGCUGCUGUGCCGUGAGAUGCAGGGACAGGCUGGGGUGGCUGCGGUGUUAGGGUAUAUGCUUGGGAACAAGCUCAUGAAUGUCGGACAGGUGGUUCAUGAGGUCUUCACUCCUAGGGCGAAGAAGGCGAUCCUUGGUGGCGGUAUAUGGUUGAAGUCUUGUGCGCUCGUUGUGCUGGCGGGAAUUGUGUGCAGUGCGCCCUUGGAGGGUCUUGGUUGUCCUCCUGUAUCAUUUAAAAGUUUAUUCCCAUUCAUCAUCAUCAUCACCAUCACCAUCAUCAUCAUCAUCAUCAUCGUUGUUGUUGUUGUUGCCGAGUGCUCUGUCUAG